CGCAAAGCUCCGCUCGCAGCCCUCGAAUUGUCCAGUCGCAAUCAAGUGAAAAGAUGGAAAGUCCAAUAGUAGUGGCAGAGAGAGAGAGAGAGAGAGAGAGAGAGAGAUGUUUUUGCUUGCAGAACAUCACACAGGUACCUAUCUCACACCAAGAAAGAAAGAAAGAAAGAAAGAAAAAAAAAGAAAAUCACGCAUCACGAAAAAAAGCAUGGGCGGGUGUCCAAGUUCCCCCAAAUUGCGUAACUUUGCUACUUACUACUCAAGUCCACAUGGACGGGGAGGGGAGCAUACGCAAAUGGGGGGACUUGGUCUGAGAUUAUACCGUUGAAACUUGAUCUGGAUAAUUCCAGCGCGAAGGACUUGUGCUGCUUCAUGAUGAUAUCCCCACUCCCUUUUUUCUCUCUCUUAGAUCCCCCCCCCCUCUCCGGGGGACGUUGGGUGUGCUGACGAGCAUAGUGAAGCAACAUGUCGACGGACAAGAUUACGUUCCUGACCAACUGGCACGCUACGCCAUACCAUGCGCCGCUGUACCUUGCACAGAGCAAGGGAUACUUCAAAGAAGAGGGGAUUAAAGUUGCGCUGCUUGAACCCAACGAUCCAAGCGAUGUUACCGAGAUCAUUGGAUCGGGAAAAGUCGAUCUCGGCUUCAAAGCCAUGAUCCACACGCUCGCAGCGGCCGCCCGCGGCUUUCCCGUGCAGUCCAUCGGAUCGCUGCUCAACGAGCCGUUUACAGGCGUCGUGUACCUUCGCAGCUCGGGCAUCACGCCGGACUUUACGACGCUCAAGGGCAAGAAGAUUGGAUAUGUGGGUGAAUUCGGCAAGAUCCAGCUUGAUGAGCUGACGGCCCACUACGGCAUGUCGCCCGACGACUACCAAGCCGUGCGCGUGGGCAUGAACGUGACGCAGUCCAUCAUCAAGGGCGAGAUUGACGCUGGCAUUGGGCUGGAGAAUGUGCAAAUGGUGGAGCUGGAAGAGUGGCUGGUAUCGCAGAACCGGUCGCGCGACCAGGUCCAGAUGCUGAGAAUCGACGAGCUGGCCCAGCUGGGAUGCUGCUGCUUCUGCAGCAUCCUGUACAUUGGCAACAAUGCGUUUAUCGAGAACAACCCAGACAAAGUCCGCGCGUUCCUGCGCGCCUGCAAGCGCGCAACAGACUUUGUGCUGGCGUCGCCUGAUGAAGCGUGGGCCGAGUUCUGCAGCGUCAAGUCUGUCAUGAACACGGCGACGAACCGCAAGAUUUUCGAACGCAGCUUUGCCUACUUUAGCCCCGAUCUGCAAAAUGUCCAGCGCGACUGGGACAAGGUGACGCGGUACGGAAAGCGGCUCGGUGUGCUCGACGAGACGUUUACGCCAAAUUACACAAACGAGUUUUUGGAUUGGCGUCUUGAGGCCGAGGCUGAGGAUCCGGCUGGCGAUCAGAAGAGGAUGCUUGUUCUGCAGGAGGGAGUCAAGCAGAAUGGAGGAUUUAAGCGUCUGGAGAGUAUGGCUGGAAAGACGGUUAUUGGGGCUGCUGCUCCUGCAUCUGCCUAGGCGGGUGUUGGUCUGUAUGGUUCAAUUGCGCUUCACUCUUUUGCGCCGCCUUGGACGUUAAGACCGCUACUACAGUUGUCAGUUAUGAAGUACUCGUUCGUUACUGAGUCAGUUAUAAAAGUACUCGCUCGUUACUGAGUCAGUUCUAAACUUAUUCGCUCGUU